GCCGAGUUGUGCGCGUUCACAGCGUUGGGUGCAGAACAUACGAGGCUAUGGGUUCUAUUUCGCUGUCUCUUCUGUAGGACAUGUUCACUGACGAAUCCCAUAUUUGCUUUAUUCCCACUGAAGCAGUGCGAACUGGGCUUCGUAGUGGGAUGCUGAAAAAUACAAGUCAUUGCUGUCGAAAACCUCAACAGUAGUAAAGUGCGCGGCACACUGCGGCUAAGAGGAUAUAGAGAAGAGACCCUUGGUGUGGUGGUUUGUCCUGCGGUUACAGUAUGAUGGAGGCUGGCUGUGGGGUUGCCGCGGUGAUCGGGAAUGCUGCCUCAGGACCACAGGGAAAACCAGGAAGUGGUGACGUCCUUGAGGGGGCCAUGUCACUGUGUAUUACACCAGAUGAAGACAAGAACCAGCCUGAUCCAUACAAGAGCACUACUCCAACAGAUAAGUCCCCACAAGGGAGCACAAUGGCCACGGUACGGAAUGAUGAGCUCACAGAGCUUCCUGUCGAGCCUGAGCCCACCCUGCGUUUAUGCAUCAGCACAGCCAGCAUGAAGGUCAAAAACGUGAAGAAGCUGACAUUCCCCAGAGGUCAUUUUCCCAGGCUGGCUGAGUGUGCCCACUUCCACUAUGAGACCGUUGACUUUGGCACUGUGCAGCUGUCCUUUGCAGAGGAGCAAACUGAGGGGCAGAAGGCUUGUCUGGACUCCAAGGAGCCACUCUACCUGGUUCAGAUCUGCUGCCAGAGUCGGAGCUGGUUGGUGAAGCGCUCCUAUGAAGACUUCCGUGUGCUAGACAAACACCUCCACCUUUGUAUCUAUGACCGACGCUUCUCCAAACUCAAUGAGCUGCCUCGCAUUGACUAUCUGAAGGACACAGUAGAGGAAAUAACCAAGAUGUUGGCAGCCUACCUGUCCCAUCUCUCAGCCAUCGCUGAUAACAAGAUCAACUGUGGACCAGUGCUGACAUGGAUGGAGAUUGAUAACAAGGGCAAUCGCAUGCUGGUAGCUGAGGAGUCCUCCAUCAAUGUUCCUGCCAUCGCCGCGGCCCACGUUAUCAAACGCUACAUUGCCCAGGCCACAGACGAGCUGACCUUUGAGGUAGGGGACAUUGUGUCAGUCAUUGACAUGCCUCCUAAAGAGGACACUGGCUGGUGGAGAGGGAAACAUGGUUUUCAGGUUGGCUUCUUCCCCUGUGACUGUGUGGAGCUGAUCAGUGACAGGAUUCCCACCUGUGUGUCCAGCUCUGUGCCAAAACCAGUGUGUAAGAAGCAUGGGAAGCUGGUGACAUUCCUGAGAAGCUUCAUGAAGUCCCGUCCACCCCCCCAGAAGCUGAGGCAGCGUGGGAUCCUCAGGGAGAGGGUGUUUGGCUGUGACCUGGGGGAACACCUCCUCAACUCAGAACAUGAUGUCCCCCAGGUGAUAAAAUGCUGUACUGAGUUCAUUGAGAGACAUGGUGUCGUGGACGGGAUGUACAGACUCUCUGGGAUCUCCUCCAACAUCCAGAAACUGAGACAUGAGUUUGACUCGGAGGAGAUCCCAGACCUCAGUAGAGAUGUUUUCAAACAGGAUAUCCACUCUGUAGGGUCCCUCUGUAAACUGUACUUUAGAGAGCUGCCCAACCCUCUGCUCACCUACCAGCUCUAUGAGAGAUUCUCAGAGGCUGUGUCUGCAGCUACUGAUGAGGAGAGGCUGGUGAAGAUCCACAACGUCAUCCAGCAGCUUCCUCCUCCUCACUACAGGACUCUGGAAUUCCUCAUGAGACAUUUGUCCCAACUAGCCACCUUCAGCCCUAUUACCAACAUGCACACCAAGAACCUGGCCAUCGUCUGGGCUCCAAACUUGCUCAGGUCAAAGCAGAUUGAGUCGGCCUGUUUUAGUGGAACCGCAGCCUUUAUGGAGGUGCGUAUCCAGUCAGUGGUGGUGGAGUUCAUACUGAACAACACAGAGUCACUCUUCAGCCGCAAGGUCAACGCCCACAACCGGGAGAGCACAGGUACCAGUACCCUAUCCAGGCCCAAGUCUCUGCUGGUGUGCUCUCCCUCCACUAAGCUCCUAUCUCUGGAGGAAGCCCAGGCCCGUACCCAGGCCCAGUUGGGCUCCCCUGUUCCUACCCCCGUUCUGUCCCACAGCGAGUACAUCGAGGUGGGGGAGGGACCCGGGGCACUGAUGGGCAAGUUCCACACAGUCAUCGCGCUCCCCACUGAGAGUAAGAGGGCUCCUGGGAAGGUGAAAAAGUCCCCAGUGGGAAGCUGGCGUUCAUUCUUCCACCUGGGCAAGUCAUCCUCCAUGACCUCCAAACGCAAGCUGAAGCGUCACCCCAGCGAACCCAAUGAGAUCAAGAGCAUCGCGCUGCCAGGUGGUAGAGGUGAUAGUGGGACACUGCGCUCCACCAAAAGUGAAGAAUCUCUCACCUCUUUGCACAAUUUGGAAAGGGAGCCCCAGAUGUACCGCCUACCUAGACCACACUCCACCAGCGAUGCCCUCUCCACCGCAUUCAGGGAUGACCUGUGUCAUGCUAGGGUCAAAGGUGACCACUACAAUAACCAGGUCAAGGAGGUCCAUAGUGGUGCUGAUGGUCCAGCCUUUGACCCAGCUGUCGUGUUCCCUCCACAUCAGGAGGACCUUGACCUUGACCUCUGUCUUCCAGCCCCUGGCAUGGCCUUUCUGGACUUUGACCCCAUGUCCUUCCAGUGCAGCCCAGUGAGCCCACCAACAGCUAAAUCCGCUCCUCAACACAAAGCAAGCAUCAACUGUAGGAAGCAUGUCAGGGGUUCCAGUGAAUCAAAGCCCAUCUCCUUGUCCCUCAAUAAAGUCCUCAGUGACUCCCAGUCCCCUGACAUCAGCCCAGUCCAUAGGAAAAGAGGGGAGAAAAAGAAAGUGGCUCGGGUCGUCUCCCCUGUGGUCGAAACAGAUGUGCACACUGUGUGUGUGUCUGCCCCACGCUGUGUCUCAGAUACCCAGGGGGGUGAAUCCUCCUCCCCUUCACCUCUGGAUCUGUGUGAGGCCCAACUAGUGAGUGAGGAGGGGAGUGAGGCUAGGGCACCCUGCCGGCCCCCCAGCCCACCAAGCUUCACCUCAACUGUCACAGACAGUCUGGCUUCACAAAACCCUCCGGAUGCAGGAACAGAUGGGCUUGUGAAUUCAGUGUCUGUCCUCCCUCCUCACCCUCUGUUGACGAGUGCUGCCCGCAGGCUGGCCCUGGCCCUGGCUGAGUCUGCCCAGAAGGCCACCCUGACCUCCCAGAGGAGGGACACCCAGCCCCCCUAUCCUCUCCAGAGACAGGACACCCCUCACCCCCUGGACAGACCCCCACGACCCUCUGUUCUCCACCUCCAACCCUGCUCUCAGGAUUACGGUGACCUCAAGGUCUCUUCUCCAGCCACCCUCUUACCCAUGGCUGGCACACCAGUUGAGAGUCCUUGUGACCGUUUCCCUGGCCAUGAGAGAAAACGGGCCCCUGAAGGACAAGUGGCCAUGAGUAACUUCACUCCCACUGUCAGUUCCUUAGAGGCUGAAGCUCUACUGCCGGGCAGCACAGAGGUGAGGGACCAGAGGGAAGGGAGAGACCGGCCCCUGGGAGCUGUAAAGACUGUACAUCUUCAGACUGUGUCCUCCUCGUAUCUCAGUGGUGGGGCCUCCCCUCCCAUUCAAUCAGUCUGCUCCAUUCAGAGCCCGUUAGCUGCUGCUGUCCUUGCUAACACUGACUCAGUCAAUGCCUAUAACUAUCAGACUGUUCUUGCUGAGGCAUCCAUGCCAGGGUCUGUGGGGGAGAUCCCUCCACAUCGUCCUCUGCCAUCCUUAGUCAAUCAGUACAGCUCUGAUGGAGAGAGAGCUAUGAGGGAGGCUGAAGAUGUGUACAGACAUCAUCGGGUCAAUCCAGCAGGACAGGCAUCUGGACCUCCUCGGCCUGACUAUUUCCUUCCCCACCAGGCAGGGCCCAAGAGCAUGUACAAACCCACGUCUGACAGCUGCUACAAUACUUUAGGCCUCCGGAACUACCCCUCUAACUCCCCCCAGUAUAGUGGUCAACCCCAACCCAGGGAAGAGUACAGCUCCAGUGGCCACCACAGAUCCAGGGGACAAUGGCAGAGGACUGAGGAUAGAACCCUGGGCUACCCCGGCAUCCGCAGGGCACGCUCCUUCCAUGCCCAGCAACCUAUUCGUAUUGAACUGGCAGACACCCUGUUCUACGUCCAACGUCCAGCUGUCCAGGAAAAGGAGUACAAAAGGCUACUCCAGUCAGAUGUCCAACCUCUGCAGCCGUACUUUGAGAAUGGCUGUGUUCAGUACCGCUACAGUCCCUAUUCAGACGCAGUGCCUCUAGAGGAGUCUUACUACUAUGUGGACCCUUACAGGACGAGCCGCAUCCGACACAGUCAGUCAUACACCAUGCGCUCUACCAAGGAUUGUGGACAUCCUGGUUACCACUACCGUCCCUCACACAACAUCCCAACCGCAAAAAGAGAACUCUUCUUAGAGAGCAGGGAUCCAGAGAGAGUCAUUUACAAGUCCUGGGACCAUCCAGAGGGUUGUGACAGACCCGUCUAUCAGCCAAUCAGGCAAGAGAAUAGAGCCAGGCAGAGGCCCCAGGGCCCUAUCAUGUCUCCUUAUGAGAACCUGAAUCCUCCCCUCCCACAGAGUGACAUCAGGGGCAGAGAUAUCAGUCACACCAGAAGCAGGUCAGACCCAGGUAAUGCCUGGCUGCUGGCCAUCGACAGAGUGGACAGCCAACGUGAAGUACCUGCCAUGUCUCCAAUCUCGCCUGGUCAGCAGCUUUCAGACACUAGUGAUUACAUCAGGCACCAGAGGGUUCAUUGGCCAGGCGAGGAGCCAGUCCCUCCCAGGAGAGAGAGCGUUACCAGGAGAACCCAGCCCAAGCAGGGCACCCCCCAACGAUAUCAGCCACAGCAUUGCAACGUCCCCAUGCUCCUAGAUGUUAAGAACGUGGAGCAGGGUGAGGGUGGUCAUAGUAGAGGUUGUGACAAGGACACGGUAAUUAUGGGCAACGCUGCUAACAGCUACUCUGCCCAAUUAAAACCAAGCAUCCCCAGGAGACCACGAUCACAGAGCAUCAAAGAGCCUCGUUAUUACCACCAUGUCAAAUCACCUGUGGAACCAGAUCACCCUGGGUCCUUCUCCACUCAGCCCCACAGGAGAACUCAGAGCACCAAGGCCAUGCCCUCUCAUUAUAAUAACCUGGAGGGGUACUACCCAGCUCACAAGCCCAAACCCUCAGGAUCUGGUAAGGCCAUGCCAGGGCCGUUCCCUGGCCACGGCUGCAUGCCCCCACACAGCCACAGACUGCUGUCACAUGGCCUAGGGGGCCAUGGGGCCUUUCUGCAGACAGGCCACAGGCCGGAAGCUGGAGUCUAUGCUGAGUGAUUCAGUCCUCUAAUCACAGCAGCAGCUAAAAGAGGCCAGCUUGGUAUACAUCUCCAACUCCAGAUGAAUGUUGAUGUUUAUAAAAAUGUAAAAAAUUCAUAGACAUAUCCCUUCAAACUGUUUUUAAGAAAAUGUUGAAUUGACACGAAUGGGUGGGUCAUACCGUUGGUAACGUAGAUAGCAAAGAAAGAGGGAAAUUAUUUUCUCAUAAACUAAGAGGUGAGAUUUUGAAAGCGUGUUUUAGGAAAUUGUUUAUGAAGGUGUUGUACAAUUUUCAUUUAAUGUCCGUGAGAUAAUAUUGUCCAACUAACAGAAAAUGCCAUUUGAAAUGUCUGCCAAAUAUUGUUAAUCUUAUGAGCAAUAAUAAUCUAAGAUAUGUCUUACUGGGCCUACUGCCAGCGUGAUAUUGUUUGCCUAGAUCAUUUAUGCCCUAACUGAAGAAACAUGCACUUUUUAAGAAUUCUAGCAUCUGAGAACCAUGCAUAGAUCCUUGACUUUUUAUGUUUUGCAAUUCCACUGAUUCUUCACUGAAGGUGUUUGGUAACAUUGGCACUUGUGGUGUUAUUUAGUUCAUACAAUAAUGGAAGACACUGAGGACAUUUCUUCACCUGCACGUCUCCCACCUUCACAAAACAAGACACUCAGACAUGGAAAGAUUAAGGAGCAUGGAGGAUUGUGACCACAGUUGGGGUCCAUCUAAUGUCAUGUUACCAGGAUAAAUAACUUCCAAACAUGUAUGUGUGCUGCAAAUGUGAAAGAAGUGUACAGAAUGUCAAUGCACUCCUCACAUUAACAGGAAGCUAUGAUGUUGUAUUAUGAGGACAUUCCUUUCUCUCUUUGUAGGCAUAUUUUAAUGGUAUGUUAUGUUUUAACUGUUGCUUUACUCUAUUGUUAUAGUUUUUUAUUCAUUAACGAUAUUAUUUAAAACCACCCUCUGUAAAUGAGAUAUUGUAAGACAUUUAGUUUUUUUCAUGAGAUAAUCUAAAUAAAAUUCUAAAACAUA